AACAACGAUUCUCCCAACUAAGUUCGUUUUUCACCGGUCACUGUCGCAGCUGAGAGACGGAAACAAAACAAGACUUUGCCAUAGUUUAGCCUCCGUGAGUAAACUCGAGUUCGUUACAAAAAGGUGAAAAGGUUCGAAUUUGAACGUCUCGUUUUGCGGAAGUAGAGAUUGAUGAUUGACAAAGGUUGUUAACGAUUUUUCCGAGCGGAAGACUAUGUUGGCUCUCAGAGCGAACGUCGUCGAUCGUUUCGCAGUUACCACCGUUGUACGACCUAUAGUUGAGAAUUUCCUCGUUCGAAAGAGUUCCGCUGCGUCUGUCAAUCACCCUGAAGCGAAGAUGUCGUUCGAGGUUGAGAAACAGAAAUUCUUGACCAUGUCGCUAGAAGAGAAAAGAAAAUACUACAAGGGAAGCGUGAUCACGUUGGACCAAAUUCCGACAUGGGUGGAAUAUUGGACAAAAAACAAAGGAAAUAUCGGCAUAAUGAACCUUGAGAAAGCUGAGAAAGUCGAUGAGGAACUGGCCAAGAAAAUCUCGAUAUGGCAAGGAGACAUCACCUCCCUUGAAAUAGACGCGAUCGUCAAUGCAGCAAAUUCAAGUCUCCUUGGUGGUGGCGGAGUUGACGGAGCUAUUCACAAAGCUGCUGGGCCAAAUUUAAAGAAAGAGUGUGCUACUUUAGGAGGAUGCCGUGUCGGCGAAGCAAAAAUAACUGGGGGUUACAUGCUACCUGCAAAGCAUGUCAUUCACACAGUCGGCCCGCAAGGAGAAAAACCGGAAAAAUUGAAAGAGUGUUAUGAGAACAGUUUGACUGUUGCCAAAGAAAAUCAAUUGCGCACAAUUGCUUUCCCCUGCAUAUCUACAGGUAUAUACGGAUAUCCGCAAAAACCAGCAGCCAAAGUGGCUUUAUCAACGGUCAAAAAGUUCCUACUCGAUAACAAAGACAGUGUGGACAGAGUAAUCUUUUGUCUGUUCUUAAAAACCGACAAAGACAUAUACGAGGAAUUGUUACAGAAAUAUUUUGCUAUCGAUUAGACCACUUUCUAGCCGGGAGAACCGUUUCGAGGUUGAACUCGAAACUUGAGCAAAGCUAAACUGUAUCAGUGUACAUUCAUCGAAUAAUAUUCGUAGAAAACU